UCUCCACAUCACCCUCGUGCGGCCCGCCAUGCGCCCUUCAGCCCGCCCGCUCCUGGCGCCUCUGCGCGCCGCUGCGGUGCGCUCAAGCACCAGCAGUGCUGGCGCCGUCGGCACUGCCAGCUCCUCCACUCCGCAUGCCGCACCGGCACGGCGAGCGCUGCGCACCUCUGCGCGCGUCUCGUCGUACUACCCGCCGCCAGAGCCCUUCACGUCGGCGCCCGUGCCCGAGGCUAGCUCAUCGACAUCGCGCUCAGCGUCGCCGCUGUAUGACGCCGACGUCGACUCGCCCGGCGCGCUGCUCUCCACAUUCGGUGCCGACGCCGCGCUGCUCUCGGCGCACCUGGCACGUCCGCCGACGUCGCUGACGCUGCGCUCGCUGCUGGCGCUCGGCGGCUCGCCGGGUAGCACGCCUUCGCGCGCCCACAUCCUCCAAUCUGCCCGAUUCACUGCCGGCGAGCUGCCGCUGCGCCUGGCCCGCCGUGUCGCCGCCUUCCGCGAGCUGCCGUUCAUCGUUGGCAGCAACCCGCACAUCCAGGCCGUCGCGCGCCUCUACGCCGGCAGCUUCCAGGCCAUUGCCAGCCUGCCGCGCAUCGCAGACGACGCAGACAAUGAGCGCUUCACGCGUGCGCUCGAGGCGAUGGUGCAGGACCAUGCUGAGAACAUCCCGACGUUGGCGCGCGGCUUCCUGGAGUGCAAGCGCUACAUGUCACCAGCGGCGAUCUCAGCCUUCCUGGACGGCGCGAUUCACUCUCGUAUCGGCAUUCGCCUCAUUGCCGAGCAGCACUUGGCACUCUCUGCCUCGCACACUGCCGGUCCCGCGUCGAAGACAAGCGUCGGCAUCAUCGACACCUGUCUCUCUGCCGCGCAGCUCGUGCAGGGCUGCGCCGACUUUGUGGGCCAGCUCUGCGAGAGCUCGCUCGGCUGUGCGCCGGAGUUGAUCCUAGAGGGAGAUACGAAGAGCACAUUCGUUGGCGUCGCAAGCCACCUUACGUACACGGUGACCGAGCUGCUCAAGAACAGCUACCGUGCCACUGCUGAGAAGCACGGCCGUGCCGGCGGUGAUGUGCCGCCGGUGCGCAUCACCAUCGCGCGCUCGCGGAAACACCUGACCAUGCGGAUCCGCGACGAGGGCGGCGGCAUCAGUCCUCAAAACUUCCCCAAGGUCUUCCAAUACACCUUCACCACUGCGUCGUUCGACGAGGCGGCUGCGAACGCAGCAGUCGAUGGCGACGACGGUCCGUACGCGCUGCAGCAGAUGGGCGGCAUGGCGGGCGGAGGCGACGUGCUUGCUCAGAUGGGCCAGGGACCGGGAGUCGGCGGCGGCAUGGGCACCCUGGCUGGCUUGGGCUAUGGUCUGCCGAUGAGCCGCAUCUACGCACAGCACGGACGCGGCAGCCUCGACAUCGUCUCCAUCUGGCCGCACGGCUGCGACUCGUUCCUGGCCAUCCGCGCCAAUCCGCUCGACGAGCGAUGACCGUCACCCGGAUAGCUGACUCGCAUCAUGAUUAUCAUUCGCCACGGGCACAGAGGUAACGGAGGGGUCGCGCAGGAGCGCACAUUAUAGGAAUCACAUCACGGAACAUGGGAAUAAAGAGGCCCGUCACCAUU